AUGGGGGUGGCGCUGCUGGCAGCCCCCGUGGACCCCACAGCAGCAGCAGCAGCAGCAGCAGCAGCGGCAGCAGCGGCAGCAGCAGCAGCAACGGACCGAAGGCUGGCGCUGGAGGGAGCCACGGAGGAGCCGGCCGCAGCAGCGGAGCCAGCAGCAGCAGCAGCAGCAGCAGCAGCAGCACAGGGGGCCCCCCUAAUAUCUGUGCUAGCAGCAGAAGGCUAUGUGUGGAGGGGCCCUCAGAGCAAGGCAGCAUGGCGAUUCAGUUUGCUGCUGCAGCUGCUGCAGCUGGUAAACUCUUAG